CACGGACCACCAUCCACUGGUUUUCUGUAUUCUACCCUCUACCGCAAAACAUAAUGUCUGCCUCGCAAAACGCUAAGCAACAUCCCGCCCUCAUUCAGGCGCAAAGCAAGGCCAACUACUAUGUCGGCCAGCUCGAUAAGGAGCUAUCCAAAUACCAAGCCUUCAACGCAAUUGAGCAGCGCACACAGGUCCCGAAGGCUUAUGCCUUCCUCGGUGGUGUCACAUUGCUCUUUGUCAUGCACUCAUUCAACACUUUCGCGUCCCCUGUCUCGAAUCUUCUCGGUUGGUUAAUGCCCGCGUAUCUCUCCGUCAAGGCGCUCGAGACCCCGGCACACAACGAUGACGUCCAGUGGCUCACGUACUGGGUUGUCUUCGGCUUCUUCAACUUCAUCGAAAGCCUCGCGCUUCGCAUCAUCCUCUACUACUUCCCAUGGUACUUUGCCUUCAAGUCCGUCUUCAUCGUUUGGCUCCAACUCCCGGCAUUCCGUGGUGCCGAGAAGCUCUAUGGCUCCGUCGUGAAGCCUAUGUUCGCCAACGUGCAGGCCAAGGCGAGCACCAAUGCAUAUGCGACCAGCGAGUAAAGGCUAUUCGCGUGCACGUCGUUCUCGUUGCGAUGGACGGUCGAAUGCGUGUGGUUGUGUGACGGGCAGGCGAGUGGUGGAAAGCUGUGUCCGUUACUUUAUGUCGUUCGUGUUUUAUUCGCUUUCAUCCCCAUCAUACCUUCCUCACCUUUUUUGCCGGACUUGCUGCUCUAUCGCUAUUGAACCGUACAAACACGUUCCCAUAGUAUCUGGAUAGCUUAUGCCUGGCUGAAUUGCAGUUUCUUAUCCCUACCC